AUGGACAGUUCUCCGUGUCAAAAAGAAAUUAAUGUUUUCACAGACCAAGAGGAUCCUGUUCUAGAAGAUGACUAUGAAGACGAAGAAGAGUCCAACAUCAAAACUCGAUCAUUGGAAAAAGUGUUCAUGAUGUUUUAUGGCAUUCAACCUGAAGUGGAGAAUGAGCUAGUUAUUAGCACAUUGGAUUGUGCUCACAAAUACAGCUGUGAAAGAAUAGUUUCCGAAUGCGUCAAUCUGUUUGAAAGAUCAUUGAACGAAGAAUCUUUUGAAAUGGUAAAAAAUUGGUUAGAUUCCAUCGAUUCCAGCGAACGAACCGACGUACAAAAUCUACUCUUAGCCACCACAACAAAGUGGGACUCCAAACAAUCAAGCAAGCAUUUUGCAUUCAACAACAAGGAACUUAGAGAGAAGAUGAAGCCUUUCAUUGAAAAUUUCGGUGGAUUUGUUGACGACAAGUUUAAUCCUGAUACCACAACCCAUUACAUUUGCUCAGGCUCACCAUCGUUGGAUGAUUUAGGAUUCAUUGCUGCAGUUGUUGGCAAUUGCUCUCUACUCAUGGACUCUUUUAUCACAUCAUGUGUGGAGUGUGGUCAAUUUCUUGAGGAAGAUCCUAUAUAG